UUCCCUUCUUUUUCUCUUUCCUUCCCUUUUCAGCCUCAUUCAUUCUCACUUUCUUCCAUGCAUUUCACUCCCUCCCCCAACGCAUCGACUCUCCUCCCUCCACGUGUCUUCCGCAUUCGUAUGCUCUCUCUCUAAUACUCCCUCUAUCCCAUUUCUCUUGCACUUUCUUCACUCUCAAGUCUCAAAAUCUCUCUCUCUCUCUCUCUCUCUCUGGCCUUUUCAUGGCAGUUUUGGUUUCGGAUGUUGAAAGCGAUUUCGUAAUUUGCUGCUUCACGUAGAUAUAAAUAUAUAUAUACACACAGGCACGCGAAACGACGUAAGCUAGCUAAAGCUUCGUCUACGAUCGUCUACGUCUUCUGGUUCCUCUCUUUAGUUUGUAGCUUCAACGUAGAUAUAAUUCACAAACACGCGAAAUGACGUUAUUAAGCUAGCUAAAGUGCUUCUUCUUCUUCGUCUUCUGACUUCUUAUCAAGAAUGAAAAAGUAAAGCGAAAGACAAAAAGUGGUUUUAGGCGCCUUCUUGAGGUGACCACGAUCAAUGUUGAACCACGAGUCGGGUCCGCAGGGGCUGUCGAGGAGGCUUUCACGCGGAGCGGCCACCACAAUUUUCUCCAGCGAGGUCUUCGACAACGAGGUCGUUCCCUCUUCCCUCGCCUCCAUUGCUCCUAUCCUCCGUGUCGCCAAAGAAAUCGAGCAUGAACGCCCUCGCGUAGCCUAUCACUGUCGGUUCUAUGCGUUUGAGAAGGCGUGCAGGUUGGAUCCCAGUUCCAGUGGGCGUGGUGUGAGCCAGUUCAAGACGUUGCUUUUGCAACGAUUGGAGAGGGACAAUGCGACAAGUCUCGCUUCUCGUGUUGAAGAGACAGAUGCAAGGGAAAUCGAGAGCUUCUAUCAGCAAUACUAUGAACACUAUGUUAGAGCUCUUGACCAAGGAGAGCAGGCAGACAGAGCCCAACUCGCUAAGGGUUACGAGACAGCUGGAGUGCUUUUUGAAGUUCUUUGUGCCGUUAACAAGAGUGAGAAAGUUGAAGAAGUUGCUCCUGACAUUAUUGCCGCGGCAAAAGAUGUUCAAGAAAAGAAGAGAAUUUAUGCAGCAUACAACAUUCUUCCUCUGGAUUCUGCGGGGGCUUCGCAGUCCAUCAUGCAGCUUGAAGAGGUUAAGGCUGCCGUUGCUGCACUAUGGAAUACUCGUGGCUUGAACUGGCCUGCUGCAUUCGAGCAGCAAAGGCUGAAAGCUGGAGAGCUAGACCUCCUUGAUUGGCUACGGGCCAUGUUUGGAUUCCAGAGAGACAAUGUCAGGAAUCAGAGGGAACAUCUUAUUUUGCUCCUUGCUAAUGCUCAUACAAGGCUCCAUCCGAAGCCUGAUCCUCUUAAGCUUGAUGAUCGAGCUGUUGAUGCAGUUAUGACUAAGCUUUUUAAGAACUAUAAAACAUGGUGCAAAUUUUUGGGACAAAAAUAUAGUUUAAGGCUCCCUAAAGGUCAACAAGAAAUACAGCAGAGGAAAAUACUGUACAUGGGUCUAUAUCUUCUCAUAUGGGGUGAAGCAGCAAAUGUUCGAUUCAUGCCAGAAUGUUUAUGCUAUAUUUUUCAUAAUAUGGCAUAUGAACUCCAUGGUCUCUUGGCUGGAAAUGUCAGCAUAGUCACUGGUGAAAAUAUAAAGCCUUCUUAUGGUGGGGAUGAUGAGGCUUUCUUGCGGAAGGUUAUAACACCCAUUUACCGUGUAAUUGAUAUGGAAGCCAAAAAGAGCAAAAAUGGAAAAGCUCCUCACUCAGAUUGGUGCAAUUAUGAUGAUUUGAACGAGUACUUCUGGUCAUCUAAUUGCUUCUCUCUUGGCUGGCCAAUGCGUGAUGAUGGUGACUUUUUUGAAUCAACCCGUGAUUUGGCCGAGGGAAGAAAGGUUUAUAAAAGAAGAUCUGGAAGCACAGGAAAAUCCUAUUUUGUGGAAAUGCGAACAUUUUGGCACAUUUUUAGAAGUUUUGAUCGGCUAUGGACCUUUUAUAUACUCGCUCUACAGGGAUUGAUCAUUGUUGCAUUUGAAGAUGUUACCCUGACAGAUAUUUUUCAAAAUAAAAAGAAGGUUGUAUACCAUGUAUCUAGCAUAUUCAUUACUGCAGCCUUUCUUCGCUUCAUCCAAGGUAUUCUGGACCUAUUUCUGAACUUCCCAGGAUAUCAUAGGUGGAGAUUUACCGAUGUAAUGAGAAAUAUUCUCAAGAUAAUUGUUAGCCUCGCAUGGUCUGUAAUUCUUCUACUGUUUUAUGUGCAUUCCUUCAACCCUGACAAGCUUAACAAUAGGCUGUCCUUUCUCAAGCAUGUAAAUGGUGUUCCUCCUUUGUAUAUUUUUGGCGUCCUAGUAUAUCUGCUUCCCAAUUUACUAGCAGCAAUUCUGUUCUGUUUUCCAAUGCUCUGGCGCUCGAUUGAAAACUCAGAUUGGCAUAUUGUUAGAUUCCUCUUGUGGUGGUCACAGCCAAGAAUAUACGUUGGAAGAGGGAUGCAUGAAAGUCAGUUUGCACUUUUCAAGUAUACAUUUUUCUGGGUGUUACUUUUGUGUUCAAAAUUCACAUUUAGCUACUUUGUCGAGAUAAAACCUCUGGCAAAGCCUACAAGAGACAUAAUGGAUAUUCAUAGAAUUGAAUACAAAUGGCAUGAACUUUUCCCUAAUGCUCGAAACAAUUAUGGAGCUGUUGUGUCACUCUGGGCACCAAUAGUCUUGGUUUACUUUAUGGACACUCAAAUAUGGUAUUCCAUUUAUUCAACCUUGUAUGGUGGUGUUGUUGGGGCCUUUGAUCGUCUAGGAGAGAUACGAACUCUGGGCAUGCUAAGAUCACAGUUCCAGUCCUUACCUGGAGCAUUCAACACAUAUCUGUUUCCUUCUGACAAGUACCAUAAAAGGGGAUUUUCUUUAUCAAAGCGUUUUGAAGAGAUUACAGCAAGCAGGAGAAGUGAAGCUGCAAAAUUUGCACAGUUGUGGAAUGAAGUAAUAUGUAGCUUUCGUGAGGAAGAUCUCAUAAGUGACAAGAAAGGCCUCUCAACAAGUUAUCUUGUUGAUUUGUUCACCCGAUUCCAAUCGAUUAUGCCACUAAAAUUGUUGUGCUUCUUUCAUUCCAGGGAGAUGGACUUGCUGCUAGUUCCAUAUUCGUCGGAUCCUAGCUUGAAGCUAAUUCAGUGGCCACCCUUUUUGCUUGCUAGCAAGAUCCCAAUUGCACUGGACAUGGCAGCUCAAUUUAAAUCUAAGGACUCAGAUCUCUGGAAGCGUAUAUGUGCUGAUGAUUACAUGAAAUGUGCUGUCCUUGAGUGUUAUGAAUCUUUCAAGCUUGUCCUGAAAAUUCUAGUGGUUGGAGAAACUGAGAAAAGGAUAAUUGGCAUAAUCAUUAAAGAAAUUGAAAGGAAUAUUUCAAAAAAUGCACUUCUAGUAAAUGUCAGAAUGGGAUCUUUACCCUCUCUUUGCAAAAAAUUUGUGGAGCUGGUAGCAUUCUUGAGAGAAGGUGAUCCAUCCAAGCGAGAAAAAGUGGUGGUGUUAUUGCAAGAUAUGCUGGAAGUAGUAACCCGUGACAUGAUGGUGAAUGAGAUUCGUGAAUUGGCUGAAGUUGGUCAUGGUAGCAAGGAUUCUGGAGUGCAACUUUUUGCUGGUACAGAUGAGAAACCUGCUAUAGUAUUCCCUCCUGUAGUUACAGCGCAGUGGGAAGAACAGAUAAGACGCCUACAACUACUAUUGACUGUGACAGAAUCUGCCCUUGAUGUGCCAACAAACCUUGAAGCACGUCGUAGAAUUGCAUUCUUUACAAAUUCAUUAUACAUGGAUAUUCCAUGUGCCCCACAAGCCCGUAAAAUGCUUUCAUUCAGUGUCUUGACUCCGUACUAUAGUGAGGAGACUCUUUACUCUAAAAAUGACCUUGAAAUUGAAAAUGAAGAUGGUAUAUCAAUAUUAUAUUACUUACAAAAGAUUUUCCCUGAUGAGUGGAAUAACUUCAUGGAGCGACUUAAUUGUAAACAAAAUAGCGACAUAUGGGAAAAUGAUGAGCACAUUCUGCAGCUCCGACACUGGGUCUCCUUAAGAGGACAAACACUCUGCAGGACAGUGAGAGGAAUGAUGUAUUACCGACGAGCUUUAAAGCUUCAGGCUUUUCUUGACAUGGCCUCUGAAAGUGAGAUACUUGCUGGCUAUAAAGCAGUAAUAGUUCCAUCUGAGGAUGAUAAGAAAAGCCAGAGAUCCCUUUACGCUCAAUUAGAAGCUGUGGCUGACAUGAAAUUUACAUAUGUUGCUACCUGUCAAAACUAUGGCAAUCAGAAGCGAAGUGGAGAUCGACGUGCAACAGAUAUACUUAAUCUGAUGGUUAAUAAUCCUUCUCUUCGGGUGGCAUAUAUUGAUGAAGUUGAAGAGAAUGAAGCUGGUGGAAAAGUGCAGAAGGUUUACUAUUCUGUAUUAAUCAAAGCAGUUGAAAAACAUGACCAGGAAAUCUACCGUAUAAAACUGCCGGGUGCAGCAAAGAUAGGGGAAGGUAAACCUGAAAAUCAGAACCAUGCUAUAAUUUUCACUCGAGGAGAGGCUCUUCAGGCCAUUGACAUGAACCAGGACAAUUACUUGGAAGAAGCCUUCAAAAUGCGUAACCUUCUAGAAGAAUUCAAUGAGGAUCAUGGAAUACGCCCCCCAACAAUUUUAGGUGUUCGUGAGCAUAUCUUUACAGGAAGUGUGUCUUCUUUGGCUUGGUUCAUGUCAAAUCAGGAAACAUCCUUUGUGACGCUUGGCCAGAGAGUUCUUGCAAGACCUUUGAAGGUUCGGUUCCAUUAUGGUCAUCCUGAUGUGUUCGAUAGAAUCUUUCACAUAACCCGUGGAGGGAUAAGCAAGGCUUCUCGUGGCAUCAAUCUCAGUGAGGACAUUUUUUCAGGUUUCAACUCAAUACUAAGGCGAGGGAACGUAACGCACCAUGAGUAUAUUCAGGUUGGGAAGGGAAGAGAUGUUGGGCUAAACCAAAUUUCUCUCUUUGAGGCAAAGGUGGCUUGUGGUAAUGGAGAACAGACUCUUAGCAGGGAUAUCUAUCGAUUAGGGCACCGUUUUGACUUCUUCCGCAUGCUGUCGUGUUAUUUUACGACAGUAGGAUUUUAUUUUAGCGCAGUGAUUGUCCUCCUUACGGUCUACUUUUUCCUAUAUGGCAAACUUUAUAUGUCAUUGAGUGGAGUGGAGUCGGCAGUAGUGAAAUUUGCCAAGGUCAAGGGAAACAAUUCUCUGAAGGCAGCCAUGGCUUCACAAAGUGUUGUUCAAUUAGGUCUUUUGAUGGCCUUACCCAUGGUCAUGGAAAUAGGUCUAGAGAGGGGGUUUAGAACGGCACUAAGUGACAUAAUAAUUAUGCAGCUACAGCUAGCAUCUGUUUUCUUUACUUUCUCUCUUGGAACCAAGGUACAUUAUUAUGGGCGAACUGUCCUCCAUGGUGGUGCAAAAUACAGAGCAACUGGACGUGGUUUUGUGGUUCGGCAUGAGAAGUUUGCUGAGAACUAUAGGAUGUACUCAAGAAGUCACUUUACAAAAGGGCUGGAACUUAUGAUAUUGCUGAUAGCUUUUCAGAUGUAUGGCUCAUCAGAUGAUAUCACGACAUAUGCCCUGCUCACAUUCUCGAUGUGGUUCUUAGUGAUUUCCUUUUUGUUUGCUCCUUUUCUUUUUAACCCCAUGGGAUUUGAAUGGCAUAAGAUAGUGGAAGAUUGGGAUGAUUGGAACAAGUGGAUAAGCAUCCAUGGUGGUAUAGGUGUACCAGCAAACAAAAGCUGGGAAUCUUGGUGGGAUGAGGAGCAAGAGCACCUGCAGUCAACUGGGCUGUUAGGACGAUUAUGGGAAAUAGUUCUUUCUCUGCGCUUCUUUCUAUUUCAAUAUGGAAUUGUCUAUCAUUUGAAUGUGGCCAGGCAUGAAAGAGGUAUCUUGGUUUAUGGUCUAUCUUGGCUCGUCAUUGUUGCUGUUGUGAUCAUCUUAAAGAUUGUCUCCAUGGGCAGAAAGAAGUUUAGUGCAGAUUUUCAGCUGAUGUUCAGACUUCUCAAGUUUUUCUUGUUUGUUGGGAUUGUAAUUACCCUUGUUAUCCUGUUUGCCUUCCUUAGUCUUACAGUUGGAGACAUCUUUGCCAGCAUAUUGGCCUUCAUGCCCACUGGAUGGGCAAUUUUGCUGAUAUCCCAAGCGUGCAGACCAUUGAUCAAGGCCAUAGGAAUGUGGGGAUCUGUCAAAGCUCUAGCAAGAGGAUAUGAAUACAUAAUGGGAGUUGUUCUCUUUGCACCAGUAGCAAUACUGGCCUGGUUUCCAUUUGUCUCGGAGUUUCAGACUCGGCUGCUAUUCAACCAAGCUUUCAGCAGAGGGCUUCAGAUCCAGCGUAUUCUGGCAGGUGGAAAGAAGCUCAGGUAAACCGUCCAUACAAGAAUUUCUAUACAUAGAAGGAAAAUGAGAGUUCAAAAGGGGAUAAAAUUGUUCAGAGAGGAAAAAUAGGGUUCAAAAGAAUGGCCGGAGAAUCUAGCAUAAGCAUCUGCAUUCGUGUAAAAUCUCAAUCUCCAUUUCUGCUUCAUACGAUCCUUACAGCUUACGGACUGUCUUAUAAUUAGGUUUCUUUUGAGUUCGUCCCAAUGAUGAAAUAAUAUUCAAAUUAAUAUUUUCCUUAGGCAUGGAAACUUAAUUUUGUAUAUUAAAAUAUGCAAUUAAGAUCCAUGUCCUAAUGAAGUUCAAAUACUCUCAUUUGCCUGUCCACCUACAGUUGAAUGUAUAUUGAGCACAAAGUGGGAAAAAACAAAAGAUUCCUUUUUGUUGAAUGCAAUUUUUUAGUAGAAGAGGUUUUUUCUAA